AACGAAUCCUAUUGCUCGGGUGUUGCCCAUGCUGCCGCUGCCACUAACGAUGCUAUUAGCGCUGUUAGAGUUCUGCGUUGCUGUGGCUGCUGUUGUUAGCGCCGCUGCUACUAUUUGGCUUACCCGAAUGCUGCUGUGUCCCAAUCGUCAAACGAUGUGCUGCCACUAAAAAUGAAACUGAAACACGCGUUAUGGUAUUCGGCUAACGACUUGCCAGUCAGUCUCAAAGGAACUUUUGUGCGGUUCGGUUCGGUUCGGUUUGAUGUGUUGCACGUGCAAAAUACAUAUUUCCCAACGUCGUGCGCUCGACUUUUCAGUGAUUAUUUCGUUGCGGCGCUAGUGCUUGGCCCACAUUGCGUACGCGUCCUCAUUACGUGCGAUUUGGUGGCAUUAUUGUGACAUAAAAGACUUUUUGCUAUUAGUACGGUGAAUAUUGCGCAAUAUUUUGGCAUCAAUUGAACGGCGCUCAACGUUUAUGUUUGAUGUGAAAGAAGUGCGAAUCCAAUAAGCGACAGCCAUUAUUAGUUGUCCAGCUGCCUGUGUACUAAGCAAAUGUUGUGGCACGUUUUUGUGGCAAUUAGUUGUUGGCGCUCUUGCUAGGCCAGCAGCGCAUGUGCAAUUAUUGUAACUUUCCAUGAAUUUGUAGCGUUUACUUUUGCAAAGCAAGUUUCGUUCGCGUCCAUUACGUGUGGCAAGCAGCCGGCUUAGCCAGCACACGUUGCAAGUGCAUGUCUCUUUUUUAGCGCUAGUAGUAGCGUCUGUUUGUUUUUCAUACCGCCUUUGCUGUCACCGCUGGCGAUAACGCUGCUAGUUGCGUAAGCUUUCAUUGAAGCGCUUGUUUUGGUUGUAUCUCGCCGCUUACGCGCUACUUUAGUGUGUGUUGGCCGCGCGCGUACGUUUUGUAUGUUCGCUGUUGAGCGCGCGUGUGUUGUGAAUUUACAUAAAUAAUCUAAGUGAUUUUCAAUCAUAAUUUCCUUGGCGCUUCAAGCCAUUGUUGCUGCCAUGACGCGUAAUAUACUAUAGUGUCACAUAAUUCUCUCUCGGCAAGUAACACACACACACACAAGCAAUACACAAAUAUUUUAGUGAAGCGCGUAGUGACAGUGGCUGCUCGUAAAAUGUUUAAUAUACUCGCUGCGACACCUGACUGGCAUACCGACACGUACUAAAGACAACCUAUCUGCGCUCCCAUUGCGUCCACUACACUUGCUUACAACGCCAUCAAACGCGUGCAACGUGCCUGCUGGCUUACUGCUUACUGCUUCGGUGUGUUUGUGCCCGUUGUGCUUCUCGUAAAAUAUCACCGUUGAACGUGCGCGGAUUAGAAAGCCACAAGCGUGGAGGCAAGUAUCGCGGUCGCAGCGCGUCGCUGGCUAUGUAAAUAGCGCGUUGCUUGUGCGCCACUGACUCUACUUUCCGGGUGACGUGUCAUGGAUCUUUUUGAAUUGCUGGCUUCCAUAAUAAUCGUUAUAUGGCGUUCCAAGUCUACUGGCAUGUCGACCAAUUAGACAAUGCCGUUUCUUUUGAACUGGAUAGUAGUGGACAUGUGCGGCCCAUAUCCCUUCAUGCCUGCAUGUAGAGCAAGUUAGGAAUUGGUUCCACCGACAUUUGGAUCGUGAUAGCUAUUAGAAAGGACUUUGAUCCUAUAAUCCUUAUUCCUGCACUUAACUUAAAGUCUCCUGCUGAAGAUUUGGCGCUGAAAAGGAUCAACUAAAGGUUCGCUCCCUUUAAAAAUUGAUUGCUCCAGUGACAACUGCAUUCUACACACAUUUUGGAGAAUUUCUAAGACUAACUAAACGUAUAGAGAUCUUUACUGUAAAACUCAAUUAUGUGUGUCCAGUUGGUUGAAUGGCGCUUAAGCUGUCUCGCAUGCAGGAAGUGGAUGUGAAUCAUUAACAAGUGCAACAACGGACAAACAACGGAACGCAAACACGCACACAUAUAUACUUACACCGGCACUCAUAUACACCAACGUGUGGCAAGUGCGGAGCCUUGGGCGCCACUCCGUUAUAUCUCUUUUACGGCGGCCCAGCACGUAGGCAACUAGCCAAAGCCACCUCCCACGAGUGAGCGAGAACUUCGCCAGCGCAACUCUCGGUCCGCAUCAAGGACACACACAGACACACAAAUUGUGGUGUGUAGUGCAGCUUUGCAGCGCUCAUUUGCCAUUCCACGCAGCAGUUAAUCUGCAACCUAACGUCCCUUCUUCACAUCUUAAUCAGGCACAAGGCAAUCAUGUCUAAAAGAGAGCGACUAUUUCACGAAUGGUUCAAUCUGUUCGCACUGAUCUGGAUGAUAAUCACCGACAUAUGUUUUAACGCGCACUGUUUAAAGGACCUGAAGAUAUUCGUGCCGGAGGCAGUUAUAAUGGGCAACGCAGCGACGCUCUCAUGCCAAUACGAUUUGGGGCAGGCUGCUCUCUAUUCGGUUCGCUGGUAUUUCGGCACUGAGGAAUUCUAUCGCUAUGUGCCCAAGGAGUCACCGCCCACGCUGGUCUUUCCGGUGUCUGGCAUUAAUGUCGAUCUCACAAACUCAGACGCCACUUCGGUAACGCUGAAGGGUGUCAACCGCGAACUAACCGGCAACUACCAGUGCGAAGUGUCCGAAGAUGAGCCGCUCUUCCACACCGACAUACGCGCCGCACACAUGCAGGUCAUCGAACUGCCCAAGGAUGAGCCGGCUAUGCAGGUGGACAAGAAGGUCAUCACCAUGAAUGACAAUUUCAAGGCUGUCUGCACGGUUGGGAUGUCAUAUCCGCCAGCCAACAUAACAUGGUAUAUCAAUGGACGCAAGAUUUACAAAACACCCUUUCAACGCAUCAACCACGUCGCCUUCGAAGGUACCUCCACAUACUCCUCGCUAGAAAUCUCCCCCCACAGCCAAGUGCUGCAAGGUUUCUUCCAGACGGUGCCCAAAUACCAGACGACAAGUAUACUGCUGCUAUGCGAGGUCUCCAUACUGCAUGUCUUCCAUAAGAACGUGCAACAGCGCCUGCUGCUGAGCGUAACGCCGCCCACCACCAUCUCGCCCAACCUACUCGGCCUGGAGGGUUCGAAACGCAUCAACGGCGAUCCAGACAACUCGGCGCUCACAGGCGGCGUAGCCAGUAGCCACAACAGCAGGCGACGAAUAGGAGGCGUGUUCGCGAUCGUCGGCAUGGCAUUCAUUGCACUGAUGGCGGUGGGCGUGUGCCAUGGCGCUACAAUGGGCGCGCUCGCCGAUGAUACAAUGCCACCGCUUGCAACUCGGUUCGCUGGGGCAGCGGCUUCGUCGAAGCGCCAGGCGGUAGUUCUCGCGACGUCCGCGCCAUUGGCACCAAGCGUGGCAGCAGUGCAAAAAGCUGUGGCUCAGCUGUGACCUCAAAGCAGCGUAUAUAUUAGUGGUGACAACCUCAGUGAUGGCAAACAAAUUGCAACAACUACAAAGUAAAUAAAUAACGUCGUUUGGUGGAUGCAAAAACAACAAAACGCAGAAAUGGCAACGGCAGCGGCAGCAGCAGGCGUUAUGAAGGCUAACACGGCAUGCAAACUAUAACAGUAGAGAAAUGUUAAUUUAAUGCAACAACAACAACAACAUAACAACAAAAACCAAAUCAAAAUGGCAAACAAUGGAAAUUGGUUUUGCACAUGAAAUUUAAUUGUGAAAAACACCACAAAAAUAGCAGAAAAUUGGAAAAAUUAAACCUAAUAUUAAGCAUACAAAUAGCGGUAAAUGUAGCAAAGCAACAAAAAAUUAUGCAAAUAUGUCUGGUAUAAAUGAAAACAAAUAAAAAGGCGUAAAGUAAAU